AUGCGAUUAUGCCCGUCUACUUGGAAUCAGGUGCCAUACGAGACCCUCAAGCGGACGACAAGGGAGCGCAAGUAUGUCUUGGACGACAUCUACAAGAUCCUGGCAGCCCUCCCCACCCUCGCGGAGGGCACUGACGGGGCCCAGAAGCUCCAGGAUAUGGCAUCCGCCCUGCAGCACCUCAAAACCAAGCUGGAGGGCAUAGCCGAGGCCGAGAGGGGGGAUCUGUCCCGCCUGCUCGCCCGCGUCAGAUACCUGAGGCGCGUGGGCCAGCCGGAGGCGGGCCGCCUCAUCGACUGGAACCGGCCGCGAAUCAACCGGCUGGUCAUCGACUACCUCCUGCGCCGCGGGUACCGCCAGUCCGCCCUGCACCUCAUCCAGACAUCGGGGCCGGGGAGCGAGGAGGUGGCAGAUGGGCACAUCUUCCAGCCCAUCCAGAGCGUUAUCGCCGGGCUGGAGCAGCACCGAUGCACAGAGGCGCUGGCCUGGUGCCGGGUCCAUGAGGCUAGGCUGGCCAAGGCCCGCUCCUCCCUGGUCUUCAGGCUGCGCAAGCAGGAGUUCAUAGAGCUGGUGCGGGGAGGCGACACGCACGCUGCCAUCCGGUAUGCGCGCCGGCACCUGGCGCCCUGGGCGGCGACGCAGAUGGGCGAGAUGCAGGCCGCCGCCGCCACGCUGGCGUUCCCGGGGGAUGCGCGGGCGCGCCGCGGCACGGGCCUCUUCGCCGACAGCCAGUGGCAGGAGCUGGUGGAGGCGCUGAAACAGGAGGUGUACCGCCUGUACUCCCUGCCCCCUAUCUCGCCCCUCACCAUCCACCUCCAGGCAGGGCUGGCCGCGCUGAACGCGCCCCUGCACGUCCAGCGCAGCCGGGCCGACCCGCUGCACCUCGCCACCUACGCCGGGCUGGCCGAGGGCCUUCCCCGCGCCAAGCACAGCCACUCCCACCUCAUUUGCGCCAUCAGCCACGUCCCCAUGGACGAGCACAAUCCACCCCUGGUGAUGAAGAACGGACAUGUUUACGGCCAGGCGGCGCUGAGGGCGCAGGCCGACCGCGACGACGGUGUGGUCACCUGCCCUGUGACCGGUUACCGGUGCGAAUACUCGGAGCUCAAGAGGGCGUACAUCUCCUAA